GUCUCUCAGUCCCUUCCUGCUGCAUCACAACAGGCGUUAGUAGCUCGAGUAGCACCAGUGACCGGGGGGACAGGAUAUCCACACUGCUAAUUCAUUGAUAGAAUAUCUCUACUGGCGUUUUCAACCCUCAAAAACAUCCUAACACGGGGGCUACCGACAGGAACUGGUUGCAGCGCGAUAACCCCGCUCCAGCUGUUGGGACAUGGCCAGGCCGGAACAGGUCCUGCUCUUGGAGCCUCAGCACGAACUCAAAUUCAGAGGUCCUUUCUCAGACGUGGUCACAGCAAUUCUCAAGCUCUCCAACCCUACAGACAGGAAUGUGUGUUUCAAGGUUAAGACGACAGCGCCGCGCCGGUACUGUGUGCGGCCAAACAGCGGAAUCAUCGAUGCAGGAACGUCAAUCAACGUCUCAGUUAUGCUUCAGCCCUUUGACUACGAUCCCAAUGAGAAGAGCAAACACAAGUUCAUGGUCCAGUCCCUGUUAGCACCUCCUGACAUGACCGACAUGGAGGGAGUGUGGAAGGAGGCCAAGCCAGACGAGCUGAUGGACUCUAAGCUGAGGUGUGUUUUUGACAUGCCAGCCGAGAAUGAAAAAACGCACGACAUGGAGUCCAACAAGAUGAUGUCGUCCAACUUGCUGAAGUCAGAGUCCUCUUCGCUGCCUCUGAAGUCAAUGAGCUCCACCCUGGACGACGGGGAGGUGAAGAAGAUCAUGGAGGAGUGCAAGAGGCUGCAGAUGGAGGCUCAGAGGCUACGGGAAGAAAACAAACAGAUCAGGGAGGAUGACGGUCUUCGGAUGAGGAAGAGCAACAUGAUGUCAUCUCAGCACUCCUCAGUUGGCAUGAAGAGAGAGGAGGGCUUGAGCGCCCGUUCAGUGGCCCUCAUCGUGCUCUUCUUCGUGGUGGGCGUCAUCGUGGGCAAGUUGGUCUUGUAGACGGCAGCGCAGUUCGGUCGGCCGCAGCAUGCUUUCUGGGGGGGAAGAAAAGCAAACACGGGAUCUGGGAUUUUUGGAUCAGAAAUGCCAUAAUGUCGCUGGGUGGGGGGGUGGUACUAGUUUUGAUUCAGUCUCAUUUAUGUAAAAAACUUUCAAAAGUAAUGUAUGAGGAAAAAAAGAAGAAAAACGAUUUAUGAUCUUAUGAACAAACCUACUGUUACAGCUCUUGCCUCUGCGUAAUCAUCACAUAAUCAUUCUGGUCCUCUUCCCAAAGUUUCUUGUAUAGAUGAAUGGUUUUGUGGGUGGGGGUUAACAAAAACAUGAUAAAUGCUCGUGAUUCAGACCAAUGGAUUUUCUAACACCGGCAAAGUGGUGUUGGUGUGAUUGAGUCAGUUUGCAAUUGUACGAAUGUCAUUUUAGUGUAUUGUUGUUUCUUUUUCUAAACGGCAGAGGCCAGAGCCUAUGUAUAUUUAAACAAAGCCCCUCCCCCCCUUCUCCCCACUGUACAGUACAUCCAGGUGUUCCUUCCAGCUAAACCCCCUUUAAGGAAGGGAAUAACCAGAGAGAUGAUCCGCACAGUCGGGGUUACACACAGGGCUAAGAAACUGACUUGUCCAAUCAGAGGCUUUGUAAAAAUCAGCUCAUCCUUGAUUGUAGAGCGACCUUGAUCAGUGGAUGAAACACAAUACCAUAGGUAUUUUCUUUCCUCGUGUUUUUAUUUCACUCUACCUUACUCCGCUCACCUUUCACUCAGUGCUCACCACACCCCCGGUUGUCUGAGGGGGAUGUUUGACUGCAUGCGUUCACACAACAGAGUGUUGCAUCUGGACUUUUCAAUCUAAUUUAAUUGCUUUUUUUUAAAUGGUGAUAAUAAUAUGUGAUUUGGCUGUAGGUUUGCACAACUACAUUUUCUGAUUGUUUUCUCUUUCUUUUGUGUUUUUUGUUCCAUUUUUAUGAUUUCAAGUAAAUUUUCUUUGUUGUUGUUGUUAGGGUUGAAGCAUUUAAGAAUAUUGCAGCUACCAGAAAUGAGCUCCAGAUUUGUAUGAUUAGUUCAUUUCUGUUCUCCAGAUAAAGCCUUGCCUUGUGACCUGUUUGGGCAAGUUAUUCUCAGGCCAAGAUGGAGGUUUAUAAAUAUAUAUAUAUAUAUAUACACACAGUACAAUAACAUAUAUAUACACACACACACGCACAGUCAGAGAAAGCAUGCAUACAUAUACUGUAGUGAGGAAAGAAUGGACAGAAGGUGCAUGCAGAGUUGAAUGGUUAUGUCCUUCCUUGCCAACUUCAACAACAUCAAGGUUCUGUAAGAGUGUAAGGCACCUUGGUCUUUUCCAUCUCUUUAUUGUUUCCUACUGAGCCAUACAUUUGUUGACUUUCUGUUUUGCUUGGGGCAAAUGUAUGCAAGAGAUCAACUGAGUGUUUUGAGCCGCAUGUCCUCCACUGCUGGUGAGUUUGCUGUUUUUUCUUUCAACUCCACUGCAGUUUAAUUUUUGGGUGUUUGUUCAGCAUUUAUCCGUUGCUUAUUAACGUUGUAUCCUCACUGCAUUUUAAGUUGUGUUUGUAUUUAAUGCACAAAGAUUAAGAGUGUCUCUUCUUUGAUCUUCCUUCAGCAUACCACAUGUUUUUUAUGCAAAAGAAAGAUGGGGGUGGAAAUAAGCAUACAGCAGACUGGCCUGGAUGGGACCACAUGAUGACAAUGUACUGUUCUAAAAACUGAUGGUUAUUUUCUCGUAAAAAUAAACAACAGGGAAAAAAACGAACUGUCAUAAUGUUCCAUAUCCAAAUUUGCACAAGGAAAUAAGAAGAAGAGUAUGUCAUUUUGCUUUGCAAUAUUUGACAGAAAAAGAGUAAAUUAUUUAUCCCAUUUUAUCCACUUAAAUUUGGGUGUUUCCCCGCUUUGCUAAAAUUAAAGAAAAAGGACAAAAUGCCCCCAUCGUUUCGUGUAAAGUGGGGUGGAACACAAUGGAUCUGAUUGCUGGGUUAAUAAUUGAAAUAAACAUCAGCUUGUGUUUUAACUGUAUCUCUGUAAAGUCGUUGGGUUGAGGAUGACUUGCUGCUUAAAGGGAGGGCAGAGCUGAUCCUGAGCUACAGUCAAGUCUCGGGCCAUCAGACCUGGGUCACUUAGUACUUGCAGAAUUCUUUUUUUUUUUGUUCAUUGAAUCCUGGUUGGAGUAUCAGAACAUGUUAAACAAGUAAAAUAUUUUAAAAGAACCAGAAUAUACUGUUGCGUGAUUAUUAAUUUACCACUGUCCGGCUCUGAUUCCAUUAAUGCUUAUCGGGCACUCCAAACAGGAACUAACAAUAAAAUGUAAAUACUAGUUGAUCCAGGCAGGGUUGUAAAAACACACUACACUAACCUUUUCUGGAGUCUCUGACCAUCACCGUGAUCAAUGUAAGCAGUCGGGAAACUGUUUUGUAUGUAUAUAAAUAAAUAAAUAAGUCUAUCUGAGAAGAAGAUUAAUAUUCCUAGUCAAGUAGUCUCUCUGGUGUAUAAAAACUACCCAACCUGGUUGGACUAUGUAGCAUCUUAAUAAAUUAAAUGAAUAAAGCCCCUACCAAACCGA